AUGGCUUCCUCUUCUUCCAUCUUGACCUCACCAAAGCAGAAGAAUUCACCAUCCAUUGAUGCUGUUCUUGGUAAUGAUGACCUUGUCACUGAGAUUCUAUUGCGUGUGCCCGCAAAAGCAGUCCUGAGAUUCGAGUUAGUUUCCAAGAAAUGGCUUUCUAUCAUUUCCAACACAAGUUUUGCUACCCGCCAUACUCACCUCAAUCCCCAUACCGUUUCAGCUCUUCUCCUCAGAGUUUCCUUCUUUUCCAAGGAACCACCAACCCACAAAUAUGUUUCUCUUGAUGGGAAAUCAUCAGCUUACUUUUCCUACAAUUUCCUUGAUUUUGACCCCAGCAAUAACCCGGGAUGUAUUUAUGUUUCUCAGUCCUGCAAUGGCUUGCUUUUGUGUUCUAAAUGCAGACGGGAUCUUCCAGAGAGGUCUCAACCAAUAAAUUAUAUAUUCAAUCCUACUACAAGGCAAUUUGCAAUGCUACCUCCACCACCUGACGAUGGACAAUUUUUUGAUUCGAUUCAGUUGGUGUUUGAUCCUUCGGAAUCAUCUUGUUACAGGGUUGUUUGCACUCAAUUCUUUACCUCAGAGCUUAAGAUUUAUGUGUACUCAUCUGAGACCAAGGACUGGAAGCUUUGCGUGAGCCAAGAAAUCUCUUGCUUGAUAAUGAAUGCCUCGAGACAAUUCCGAGGCCUCCACUUCCUGAGAAUUGGCAGGAGCAGAAUUUCAGGAAACCAAAAUCCUGAUGAUUUGAACAUAGGUAUUGUCUCCCCUGAUACGUCUCAUGACCAAAGUACUGAUCAAUCCAUAGUAGACUAUACCAUGGAGAGAGGCUUCUCAAGAUGGUUUGUUAAGUACUGUCUCCAUAUGAAUGCUAUUGCAAUGGCAUAUCCUGAGAUAACAGAAGAUGAAGAUCUUGCAGCCUCGCCAUUUUCAGCAGAGAAAGGAUCGGUUCGUUUAUUGUCAUUUAUCGACGGGGGUAACAUUGAAGGGUGA